GCGGACCCGGCUUAACUUAAAUGUGUACGCGGAAUGCAUAAGCUUGAGCAGCGUGUAUAGGUUGAUGCUGGAUGGAAUGGGAGCAAGUAGAGCUGAUCACUUGAAAUAAUUUUCAACCGGCAGUCAGUACUCUUUGGAAGCUCGAGCAAUAUUCACGGACAACCAUGAAAAUCUAUGCAGUAUCAGAUGGGCCACCGUCAUUGGCGGUCCGAAUGGCCCUCAAAGCCUUGGACAUCGCCCACGAGCAUAUUCCCGUUGACUACGGCAAAGGGGAACAUAUGACCGAGGAUUAUGCCAAGAUGAACCCCCAAAAGGAGAUUCCAGUCUUGGAGGACGAUGGGUUCUACUUGAGCGAAAGCAAUGCCAUCCUCCAGUAUUUGUGCGAGAAGUAUGCCCCGGAUAGCCCACUGUAUCCAAAGGACCCCAAGGAGCGUGCCCUCGUCAAUCAUCGCCUGUGUUUCAAUCUGUCGUUUUUGUACCCGCAGAUCUCGGCCUACGUAAUGGCCCCGAUCUUUUUCGACUAUGAACGGACUCCGAUGGGGCUCAAGAAGCUGCACAUUGCUUUGGCCGCCUUCGAAACCUACAUGAGCCGUUUGGGUGGUAAGUUCGCCGCUGGAGACCAUCUUACGAUUGCGGAUUUUCCGUUGGUCACAUCCGUGAUGUGCCUGGAGGGAAUCAACUUCAACAUUGAUCAGUAUCCACUGGUGAAGGCCUGGUAUGCCAACUUUAAGCAACAGUAUCCCGAGCUGUGGGCCAUUUCCGCUGAAGGAAUGGCAGAAAUUGCCGAGUUCGAGAAGAAUCCACCAGAUCUAACUGGAAUGGAUCAUCCAAUCCACCCCAUUAAGAAGGUUAAAAAAUGAUUUAGUCGUUGGUGGAUUCCAAGCAAUAUAUGAAAAGUGCCUUUGUGAACACCGUACUUAAAUGCAUUUACUUGAAUAAUGAUUUGACACAAAGAUGUUGAAUGUACGGAUUUCGAUGAAUACAUUUUAUGAAAUAAACCAUUAAUGCCUAACACA